GAAGGUUGUCAUCAAAGACCCAGUGGAAAUGGCUGUGGAUGACUGUAGGAUGAGGUUCAAUAUUAUACUGGACUUGGUCAAGCCAGGAUUGGUUGGGAAAAAGCCAAUGUCUCCCAUGAUAUUUGCAGAAGUUCCCCAGCAGAAUAACCUGAGGGAUUGUGGGGUGCACUGCAUGAUGUGGCUGAGAAGAUGGGAACCUGGUGUGACCCUUACCUACACAGAGGAAGAAGUUGCUGGCUUUCGUCGUGACCUGACAUGGUGGUUGGUGAAUCAUGAACAGAAUGAAAAACGUGACGAGGCAUUGGCCCUUAUUCGACGACCACAACCAACCAAGAGCACAAAGUCCAAGAAAAGGCGUCGGUCUUAGGUGUCUCGAUGUUAGGGUCAUAAUUCACUUGUCCUCUGUUAGAUUGCUGUAUGUAAUGUGCAUUGUAGGCUGACCAAAAAUUUACUGUGUAUU